ACUGAUAACACAGAACUGAUAAAGUGGUUAGAGUGAAGUGUGUGAGAAAACACUCUGAAUUUCUUUAACCUUGAUUUAUAUAGGAGAGUGUCUUUCUCCAUGAACUCUAGUUGUGCACCACAUAUCAUUUUGCAAAAUUUGUUGGAAGAUUGUUGCUUGAAGCCCCGAGAAGUGCCUGCCUCAAUAACUCCUCAAUGAUGCAUUCAUACUUAAGAAACCCAAAAAUUUAAUUGUUGUUUUUCUCUAAAGUACAAACCUGAAGAACAAAGAAUAUGUGCAAGCCUUAAGAUUCAAUAGGUUUUCAUCGGUAUACUUCUUAUAGUUUGAUAAGUUUGACAUUGAUUGUGACACAUCUCAUUUGUGAUUUGGGUAUCAUUUUCCACAUGGUAAAAUGAACAACUUACAGCAAAUUCGCCGCAAGCUGAAAUUGAUAACAUUUGAUGUAACAGGGACUCUUCUAAACUUCAAAAUUCCUGUCGGGAAACAGUAUGCUGAAGCAGGAUCCAAAUACAACGUCCAUGUUGACUCCGACUUAUUAAAUGACGCAUUCUUAAAAUCUUGGAAGCAUAUGAAUGAAACCCAUCCUAAUUAUGGCUACUCCUGUAACAUGACUUGGGAAUCUUGGUGGCAUCAACUGGUUCAGCGAACUUUUGUAACUGCUGCACCUUCUAUGGAGUUUGAUGCAGAAAGUUCGAAGAAAAUCUCUCAUUAUCUGACCGAAGUGUUUAGAGAAAGUGAGUGCUGGGAACUUUGCGAUGGGGCUGUAGACAUACUGGAGGAUUUAAAAAUGAGCGGCAUGCCUGUUGGAGUAAUAUCCAAUUCGGAUCCGAGAUUGGAAGAGGUUCUCAUCAAUAUGAAAAUACGCGAUUAUUUUAAUUUUGUCAUUGCUUCAUAUACCGUCGGAGUAGAAAAGCCGCACUCUGAAGUUUUCAAAUUGGCUAUGGAUUUAUUCAGUGACAAAACUUUGAAACAUCAUGAAAUACUACACAUCGGAGAUUCACCUACAUUAGACUUUCAAGCUGCAUUGAAUGCUGGAUGGAACGCAUGCCUGGUUGACCCCAACAGAACAUUCUCAAUACUACCUUAUUCUCCUGAUCGCCAAUUGAAACAUUCCAGCGGUAUUUACCGAAUGACCGUGAAAAAUCUACAUGAAUUAAGGUCUGUUUUGAAAGGACAGACGAGCUCUAAAAAAUAGGUGGAAAUCAGUCCAGCCUUCAAGGAAUGGAGGCGCAUUCCAGCGUCAGUCGAAGAAUCAGGCAGCAAUGACCAUUUUAAUUCUCUAUUACUAGUCAAUUUUUAAAACAACUUUAAUUUUAUUGAUCAUGACAACAUUUUGACUUCAUCUUAGUGUUUCAGCAGGCUCUAGUUACCUUGUUAUUCUGCUAGGCUGGAAUCUAAACUAAGUCGAAGUGGCUCUAUAUUUUUUGUAAUUUUUACUCAAACUUUCAUGAGAAUAUUCCAUCUGUUUUUAAUUUGCUGAACAUGUACCAAUGGAUUUACUAAUAUAUUAUUUUCUCCCCUCUCAUUUCAGGACGGAAGAAGAAAUAGGCAUCGAAAACUUACUUGAAGUAGAAGUACCCUCAGAUUUGAAAGAGAAAUUCGAGAAAUUAACCGUUGAAAGUCUGAAUGAUCAGUGAGAUACUGUCCAAUGAAGGUAAACUGAGUAAGCAGAACUGACAGUUGCUGGAAUUGAAGUUGUAUUGUAGUAGCACCACCUGUGCAUUGACCACUAAACUUAUGAGUUGGGUAUGUUUUUUGCUACUGUACGGCUUCAUGUCCUCUGUAAAGAUAAGGAAAUCUGAACUGAAUUAAAUUUUCAAGUUUUUGGCUUUUGAAAGUAGUGCUCAAACUACAUUAUUCAUGGAUCAAUUGCGUAGGUCCCGUAAGGGUGCCUUGCUGGUCAGCUUCCCUGCACCACUAAACACCACGGCUCAUGUUAGUGGACCUUCACUCCUUCUUUACCUAAUUGAAGAUUCUGAUCCCAAAAAUUGUAUUAAAUCUGUCAUGCUCCAGACUUUAAACAUACAAUAGUGCUUAAAAAAAAUUGUUAGAAAACAUUAAAAAAGAAUGUUGGUCUCUCAGAAUGCAGGGAAGAUCCAAGGGGUUUUUGAUUUUUCCAAGUUAAAUAGGACAUCAUUUGCAUUGGUUUCUUGUUGUCAGUCAAACUGGUCUUAGCCAAAAUGCAAGACUUUUUCUUCUUUUGAAAUUAACAUGAAAGGGUUUAGGAAGAAUAAGUCUCAAGUUAAAUGUUAUUUGUUAUAUAUAAGAUUGUAUUUUUCCCUGCCAUAUGUUAUAUUUUUUUAGAGAAAA